GUUGUACACUAUGAAGAUUAGCGCGGUGUUAAAUAAAAUAGCAAAGCCCUAGAUGGUUCAUUGCUCAGUGCAACGUCUAUAAGGGAACACAAUCAAAAAUUGUUGUCUAAACUGGAAUCGUUUUCAUUUGAAAAAAUUAAAUGUUAAAAAAUUUAUAACUGCGAAAUCUUUAUGAAUAUAUGCCACAAAAGCUGGCGUAAUUGUUCAACGUUAUUAGUACGAGACCUAAAGCAAAUUAAAAAGUGUCUUCAUCUUUCAAUUAUGGAUUAUUACAAUGGAAAUCCUUUGAACAAUGGACCUCGUGACCGACUUGGCUUAUGGGGUACGGAGGGUGAUAAUGAGGUGCCCGGCAGCGUGACAGGACUUGAACGUUUGCAGAAUAAGAAGUACAAUAAGGGACUAGCUUUUUCAAUAGAAGAACGUCAGCUUCUGGGAAUACAUGGUCUCUUGCCAGCCGUAAUAAAAACAGAAAAACAACAAGUGGAGCAUUGUCUGCUCUUAUUGGACAGACUAAGUAACGAUCUUGAUAAAUUUAUGUAUUUGAACAGUCUAGCUGAGCGAAAUGAGCGCUUAUUUUACAUGGUCCUUACGGCGGACGUUGCCAAAAUGAUGCCCUUGGUAUAUACACCUACAGUGGGUUUGGCUUGUCAAAAAUACAGUUUGAUAUACCAAUACCCAAAGGGUUUAUAUAUAAACAUAAAGGAUAAGGGUCAUGUUUACGAUAUACUGAAGAAUUGGCCAGAAACCGAUGUAAGAGCUGUUGUAGUAACCGAUGGUGAACGGAUUCUGGGCUUGGGAGAUUUAGGAGCUAACGGCAUGGGUAUUCCGGUGGGCAAAUUGGCGUUGUACACCGCAUUGGCAGGAAUAAAGCCAAAUCAAUGCCUACCCGUUACAUUGGAUGUUGGUACGAACACAGAGUCGCUGUUGAAGGAUCCCCUCUAUAUUGGAUUGCGUCGCCCACGCACUCGGGGACCAGAUUACGACGAGUUCCUUGAUGAAUUCAUGUAUGCUGUUAAGCGUCGUUAUGGACAAAAUUGUCUUAUACAAUUCGAGGACUUUGCUAAUGCCAACGCUUUCAACCUUUUAGCCAGGUACAGAGAAGAUUUCUGUACAUUCAACGACGAUAUUCAGGGCACUGCUUCUGUUGCUGUGGGAGGUCUUAUGUCUUCUUUGAAAAUUAAAAAAACUAAAUUGAAGGAUAACAACAUUUUAUUCUUUGGCGCUGGAGAAGCAGCUCUAGGCAUAGCCAACCUCUGCCUGAUGGCUCUAAUUAGAGAGGGUCUUUCUAAGACUGAGGCAAAGAAGCGCAUUUGGUUGGUCGAUAGUAAAGGUCUCAUAGUACAAAACCGCCCCGCCGGCGGAAUAACAGAGCACAAACAACAUUUUGCUCAAGAGCAUGCCCCUGUUAAUUCACUACGCGAAGCAGUAAAAACCAUUAAACCAUCAGUCUUGAUUGGCGCAUCGGCUAUUGGAGGAGCAUUUACCAAAGAAAUUCUGGAAAUGAUGGGAGAAUUUAAUCCAUCGCCCAUCAUAUUUGCCUUGUCAAACCCGACCAGUAAAGCAGAAUGUACUGCUGAACAGGCCUACCAAUACACCAAAGGAAAAUGUAUAUUUGCCUCCGGUUCCCCUUUCGAUCCCGUCGAAUACAAUGGUAAAACCUUCUAUCCCGGCCAAGGAAACAAUUCAUAUAUCUUUCCUGGCAUUGCCUUGGGUGUUCUCUGCGCCGGCAUGUUGACCAUACCGGAGGAGGUGUUCCUUAUAUCAGCCGAAAGUUUAGCUAAGCAGUGUACAAUAGAAGAUUUGGCCAAAGGAUCACUGUAUCCGCCCCUGGAUCGAAUAACAGAGUGCUCAAUAGAAAUUGCGGCCGAUAUAAUGCACUACGCGUAUAAGAAUGACCUAGCCACGGUACGCCCAGAACCUGCUGAUAAGCGAGCAUUCAUUAAGUCACAAAUGUAUGAUCUAUCAUAUCCCUCUGCUGUUCCUAAAGUCUAUUCAUGGAAUCAAAAAUUAUAAACUUUACCGCUUACUUAUUUAUGAAAUGCCUUAUGAAUAGAAACAAAUGAAUUUUCAUUGAUUGUGAUUCUAAAAAAACUUUUCAUUUAACUAUCUGUGUAUGCAUAAGAAACUUA